AUGGCGCACCAAAUGCCCAUGGAAAUUCAGCAGGAGUUGCGCCGCCUUCCAGGAAAUAAUCGCUGUGUUGACUGCGAAGCACCAUACCCUCAAUGGGCAACGGUCACAUACGGCACCUUCAUGUGCCUCGAAUGCUCGGGCCGCCACCGCGGACUUGGAGUACAUAUUUCAUUCGUGCGUUCGGUCACCAUGGAUUCAUGGACAGAUAAACAGGUAUUACAAAUGCAAAAGGGUGGUAAUGACGCAUUUCGCUCUGCUUUCUCCGCGGCAGGCGUCCCUACAGAUCUCUCUAUCAGCGAAAAGUAUAACACACCGCAAGCAGAAGCAUAUCGCCAGCGACUUUUGGCAAUAAUUGAGGGGGGUGCUGUCUUACCGCUUCCUCAAUGGAAUUCAACAAUGCGUCAGCCAGCUUCAUUUCCCCUUUCUUCGACUUCGUUCGGUGGGGGAGGCUUUGCUGGAGGUGACAUCCGCGGUGUGGAAGCACUUAAGGGAGAGUCAGAGCAGGAGUACGCUGCUCGUCAGAUGAAACUACGCGAAGACGCUCGUGCUCGUAUGGCCGCCAAAUUUGGAGGAAAUGGUAUGCAGGGCAUUGGAAGUGGUGGCGAGACACGUGCGCCACACGCUCAAAGUGGAACUCUAGGAGACCUCUCAGGAGCCUUUAGCUUUCUCGCUAGCACUGUCACGACAGCCGCCAGCUCGGCGGCCAAUCUCGUCAAGGAUGGAGAACUUGGAUCUAAAGUGUCAUCUGGUUGGUCUUAUGUUCAGAGCGCCGUUCAAGGCCCAUCAAUUUCAGAACACGUCAAGAAUUCAGCUUCUUCGGGGUGGUCAGUGCUUUCAGAUGGUGCCUCGUCUCUCUUUCAAACUGCCCAGAUUGCAGUCAACGGAGGUGAUCAUGCAUAUGGAAACACGGAUGGACUGAACUCGUUUCCUCGUACGAACACUGAGCUUUCCGCCACUGGCAAAUAUACUGGCAUGGGCAGUAACGGCACCAGCACGAACUUAUCAAGCUUCAAUCAUUUUGACGAUUCGAUGUCGGACAUGCAGCCAGGCAACAGCAGCAGCAAUAAUAGCACUAAUAUCUACAUGAUGACCCAGCAGCUCAAGGAAACCGAUACAUCACAAAUUGCUGCCAAAAGCAACAGUCACGAUCUCUUAGGAUCAUCAGUGUCUUCUGUUGCCUCCAGCAAUGGUCCAACUUCUACUGCCUGCAUAGCCACUGCUGCAUCGCCACCAGUCUUGGUUACAGAAAGCAAGAAACCUAAGAAGGAUGUUGAUUUUUUCGGCGAGUUUGGCUUUUAA